GUUUUUCGAAUGAUUUAGUGGGGCUGCGCAGAGAGCACGGUAUAACCUCUGUAUAAUCCGUUCAUAAAUGGAAUUUCUUGUAUGUGUUAAAGGCACGAAAAACGCGAGUGAAUUUUCAAUUAGGCUAAAAACCAAUUUUCAAUCGAAAAUUGUCAACGAAAUCGCUAGUUUCAAUGAAAUAAAAUGUGCUGGAAAUGAAAUUUAUCUAAAUAUUGUGUAAAUUGUGCUGUUCAAUAUUCGUAAAGUGGACAUAUUAGUGAAACAAAAAAAAUUAUAUAUAUAUAUAUAUAAAAAAAAGGGAGAGAGAGAGAGAGAAGAAAAAGAAGGUUGAGAAUUUCUUUGCUUUUAAUUUCUCAGUCAAAGCGCAGUGUGUGUGUUUCUCUCUACAGUCUACAUAUAUUCAGAUUCAUUAUCAUCGUCGUUCGUUUGUUCGUAGACUCUGCCCAUACUAAGUGAGAGAAAAAGAAGAAAAAAAAAUAACACAGUCGUCGAACAAUAAUGUUUCAAGUAUUUGGCUAGCAGUGGAAAAGGCCAAGUCGAGUCAUCAAAUUUCGGAAUUAUUUGUUGUAAUAAUGUCGAUUAAAAAUAUCACUUAAUGACAACGCUUGUUGUGGUGUUAUGGCACAGUGUGAAGACGUCGUUAGAAACAGUACCAUGGAUUCCGAAGUGGUUUACAUUAGCGAUGACGACGAACGCGAGGAUGGCCCCUCGAAAACAGCCAAAACCAAACAACAACAAAACCAACAGCAGCAACAGCAACAACAACAAUCCAAACAUAUUGGCUACCAUUACAAUGUGUACGAACAUUUUAACGUUGUACCGGAAUCCGUACGACAGCAAUUGGCAUCGGUGCAACAGCAAACAAAAGAUAAAGAAUUACAAAAGCUACAAGAGUUGCAAAUCGCCGAUUCCAAAGAGGAAGAAGAUGUCGUUUAUGUGCCCGACGAUCACGAAGAGGAGGACCUACUUAUUAGCCCAAUACAAAAAAUCUGUCAUGAGAUCAAAUUUGGCACCAAUCUAAAACCACCAACGGAAUUCUCGUACAAAUUGCUUAUCGAAGUGGAAAACCAUUUAAACAGCUGCCUGCGAAACGUAUCAUUCACAACCGAAACAAAAGUAUGGAGCUGUGUGCUGGACGAACUGAGUCUCAUUCGUAUUGCGCACAAAAAGCACAUUGACCUAAGAGCCGAUGCAAAAUUCAAUUUGAUUGUCACCCGGAUACUUGGGAAAUAUAUCAAUUUUCGGGCGCGCAAAACGGCCGCUAACAAGUUGCUGGGCAAAGAGCAAGUGCUGGAAAUCUGCCAGGAAAUUUGGCAACAAAUCGAUACGUUUGUUGGCUCAAAUUUCGUUCAAGUAAUUAUGAUCCUACUGCGAACUGAUCCAAAAGAUUACAAACUGGAUGUCGUACUGUAUCCACUAUUCGAUAAGACUCAUGAGCUGGUCCUUCGGCAACAGCACCAAACAUUUCCGGAAAUUUUGAUAAUUAUCCUAGCAGUAUUAUUCUACAAACAUUGGCUGCAGAUGUGUACGCGAAAGGAAGACACAAAGAAGCACACAUAUAAAGCGCUAACGUCGCUGCGAGAGAAUUUCGGACGAAUGCCACAAAAGCUUGACAAGUACUUCAUUGACUUUAUGCAUCGUGUCGACGAUCGAUUCAAUCAUGCUUAUCGACUCAGAUGGACGAUUUGUAAAUUGUUCAAAACGAAAAUCGACGUGGUCGAUGCCAUACCCAGAUUCUUUCGCGAAUAUGACCGCUUUGUCUUUCAAUUUCCCGAUAAUGGUUUACCCAACGGGAAAACAACAACGCCUAGUACUCAUGAUUCGGGUAAUAAACGGCCAACUUCGAUACAGUCAUUAAACGACAUCAGGCAACUGAAUCAGCAGCAACAACAGCAACAACAGCAACUACUUCUGCAACACAGGCACAAGCUGAACGAAGCUGGACCGAACAGUAGCUCAACAUUGAAUCGAAGUUCAUUUAGUUCUAGUACUUUUAAUAUUAAUAACGAUAAUAGGGAUAGUUUUAAAGUAGCAACCACAACAAGCGACACAAGCAACAAAGCAAAUCUAGACGACGACGACGAUGAUGAUGAUGACAUCGAUGAUGAUGAUGACAUUAUCAUUGUCGAUGAGCCAAAAUCAGGUCGCAAUAAUAGCUUACAAAGUUUCGAUGAGAAUGCCAAUUUCUCGGCAAGCACAUCAUCGCUGGUUCAAUCUCAAAGUAAUCGGUCACGCUUGAAAUCGCCCGAACCAAAAGAAAAUCUAAUGUUUUCGUCAUCGUAUUUCAGUGAUUCAAAGCAUGCGUCAAGUAGUAGUAGCUUCCGUCAGCAUCUAAGCGAUAGCAUUUCCGAUAGUGAUGUUGUGAUUGAUGAAUCGCCGGCAAUCAAUGCAAAUCUACCCUCCACCAGCAAUCGAAAAAAGCAACAUUCGACUGCCAUUUCCGGCGGCGAAACCGUUUCACUCGAUUCCGACAGUUCGGUCGAUAUGACAGAGAGUGGCAAUCAGAAUGAAACGUCCAUCAUCAGUCAAUCAAAUGUUGAAUUUGCAUCAUUGCAACAAUCCACUCCAAUUCCCAUGUCUGUUUUUGUCGAUGAUAAAUUCGAUAAGCCAAGUAAAAAAGACCACGAUGGCCAGUCCGAACCAAGUGCAGCGCAAUGUUCAAAUGUGUCUUCGCGUCAUAGCAGUGCGGCUGCUACUGCUGCGGUCGCCUCUGCAACUGCACUUGGUACAAAUCAAUUAGUACAUGUCAAAACCAACCUCACUUCUAGCACUCAUGUUAAAGCCAAGGCUUGUGAUAGUAUCGUUAUCUGUGAUCCAAAACAAUCACCACUAGACGCAAUCAAAAGUAACUACGCGACAUGUGAAUCCCCGCCUACUUUCGCUUCAUCCGAAGAAAGUGCGCCGGCACAAUCUUCCAGUCCUCUUGUCAAAAAUACACAUCUUGAUUCUAGUGACACCGAUCAGCUUCAAUCCAAAAUCGAAUCCAUUCGAUUGACGGCCUCACCAUCGGUUGAAAGACGAAUUUUACCGCGGCGUCGUUCCAAGCGCGGCUCUGUGCUUGAUACGUCGUCGUCUUCAUCGACUGAAAAUAACACAGCAACGCCUACUAACGAUAACACAUAUAAAUUUAGAUCUGCGUCGCCAUACUUUGAACAAGACUAUCGACGAAAACAACAACAACAGCAGCAGCAGCAACAACAAUCGAUAGAGGCGCCGAAAACGGAUGAUUUAGUUUCACAACCAGAUGACAUUAUUUCAGAUUCUGUUUCAGAUGUGCGUACGAAAAAUGAUGAGUCGAAAGUGGACGAUGUUGAGGUACAACAGGUUGCGUCCGAUGUACAAAGUGUUGAUGACAGCAAAGUAAUGAUGGAAACGAGCGAGGAUGUGGUCGAAAUAGUGGAUGAAGAGUGUGCAUCGAGGACCACCGAAACAAUUAUCAUCGAAACGGAGAAAUUGACCAUUUCCACGCACACCGAUAGCACUACCGAUAAGCCAUCAACGGCUGACAAUGAACCAAAAUCGGUUGACAAAGUCGACGACACCGAACCAAUGGAAGUGACGGAGAAAAAAGAAGAAAAUAAAGCCGAACAACAACCAUCGACAUCAACGAAUGAAAAUACCGUUACAAAAUCACCGCUCACAUCGCCGUUGUCUACAUCAACGAAAUUAGCAUCUAAAAUUCGUGUAGCUCAUCGACUUAUUCAACGAUCAACGAGAGCCAAUUCACUUAUCGAUUUUACCAAUGAAAGUCAAGAGACACGUGACCAUUACGAUAAUUUCUUGGACGGUUUGUACUGUGAUCCAACGAAAAAAGUUGAUACCAAUCAAUCGAAGCCAUCGUUUACGGUGGUGCGCCGAUUCAAUGGCAUGCGACCGAUUCAUGAACGGCGAUUAACCAUUUCAAGCAGUGCAAAUAAACCCUACACCAAUGAGCCUAGUAAACGUAUCGCACCAUUUGUAACGAGGUCGUCGUCAAUUUGUGAAGAAAGACUGCUCGCUUCGGUAGAUAAAACGCGUAUUACAGAGAAAUUGACUGAAAUUCCAUUGCCUCCAACGACAACCGAACAGACUGAUCAAGUUCCACAGCAAACGCUUACGACAGAAAUCAAAUCAAGUAGUAGUGAACCAAUCGCAAUUGAAUCGCCCGCUAAAGACGAUCACAAAUACAUGGCAAAGCAUGAUGUGACCGAAGCCGAUCAAUCGCACGAAACAACAGUGGUUCUGUUUGCGGAUGCGAGUGAAAAGCUACACGAUGAACCCGCGACAAUUGUUGAAGUGAUUCCAACGGUAGACGAAACUAAAGCUGCCGAUAUUGCUAUCGAUUCUCCAGUGGAAGCAGACAGUAAAGCAUCUGCGAGCGAAACACCCGAAAGUGCGACCAAACAACCGGAACCAGUUGUUGAGGUACAAACGAGCAAUGUGCCCAAAGAUAAAGAGGAUCUGACUCACAUGGGGUUCGAAGUAAACAAAUUGAUUCAAGAAAUUGAUGAGAUUAAAGAAAAAGCGAAUGCAUUAUCUUCCACUGAAGACAUUAUUACCAGAACGACCACCACUGUUAAUGCAUCCAAUGAAUCCGAACAAGUGCAAUCCAAAAUCGAAUCCAUUCGAGCAGCAUCGCCGAUUGAAAAUAAACGCUCACCGGUUCCACGGCGUCGCUCCAAACGGCUAUCGCUCCUUGAGGAAAAACGAGAAACAACGGCUGUUACACAUGAAACACCGACAAAACCAUUGGAUCAAAUUGUCGAACGAACAACAGAAGAGAAGAGCGAAAGCAAAAUCGAUGAAGAGCCUAGAACAAUUGACGAAGUCGAUAAAGAAUGCGCGGUUCAAGCUGAACAAAUUCCAUCCAUUAGCAAAGAACCGAAGAGUAUCGAUAUGCCACUAUCUGAACCAAUCGGUGAAAAACCACCACCAAAUGAUUUGGCUACAGAUGAAACAGAACCAUUGCACAUGGAUAUCGAAGUGAUUGACUCACCGGAAGACUUCAUGUCGAGAGAUGAUUCGGUCGACUUGGAUUCAUCGGAACAAACAUCAAAAGCCAUCGAUAGUGAAAUCAAGGAUGAGGUAAAAACAGUCGAAAUUCUUGACGAUGAGUCAAUGAAGCCAGAAAAAGAGCUCAUAGCACCAAUUGCAAUGGAAGAAACGGUAGCUGAAGUGGAAAGCACUGAACAAACACAUGAGAUUGUGACUCAGGAAGUACCAAAAGUAGCCAGAGAAAUAGAAAAAAUGGACCAUAGUGAAGAAAUUGCUGAAGCGCCGAAACCGGAGGACGACACUGUUGAAAUAAUCGAACAAACCGUUGAAUCGAUGGAAGAUUUGGAAAGUCGUCAUUCAAGUAGCUCGAGAACGACCGACAAAGAAUUCUCCGUCAUUGUUAAAAUCAAAGACAGAGAGGCAAAAGACAAAUCGACCACCGAUGAGUCGCAAGAAAUCGCCGUAAUUGUUUUCAAUGAAGAUGAGGACGAAGAAAACCAAAUGUCCGAUUCCGAUGAAAAGUAUUCGACGAUCAGUGUUGACUUCGAUGAUGAGAAUGAAAAUGAUGAAAUUUCCGUGAUCGAAAUGCACGAUGAGAAGGACGUUGCGGAGGUUAAGACUGACGCUAAAGUUGAAUCGGUGGCUGAGCCCGAAGCUCAAGUGGAAGCAAAGAUUGACGAAAAAGAAACUGAACUUUCGGUCAUCGUUUCAAAUGUCCAGAGAGAUAUUUCGCCGGCAUCGCCUUCACCAACGAUCGAAGGAACAAAGACUGUUGAAAUGAUCGAACCGAUCGAGGAAAUGGAGCCGAUAGAAUCAGUUGAGCCAAUUCAAAUUGAAACAGUAGCGGAACCAACUCAAGCCGAAACAAUUCAAACGGAGCCAACUCAAACGGAGCCGAUUCAAACGGAACCAAUUCAAGCCGAAACAAUUCAAACAGAGCCAACUCAAAUGGAACCAAUUCAAAUUGAGGCCAUCAAACGUGUCGACGAAAAGAAAAUUGAACCAACCGUCGAAUCAAUUGAGCAAAUUCAAAUGCAACCAUCGAUCGAACGUGUAGUAUCAAGCGAACCACUUGAAUCAAAUGAACAAAUUGAAGAGAUCGAGUCUCCUGAAGCAAUCGAAACAAUCGAAAAAAUUGAGCCA